UGAAUUUCUUAUCCCAUGUCCCAAGACCAAAACAAAUAAAGACACUUUUCCCAUUGAAUCUGGAAGCUUAACGUUUCUAAUCCAUGAUUUAAUCAGUCAACCUAAUUUUUUUUUUUUUUUUUUUUUUUUUUUUUUUUUUAACGUUAAAACCCAGUUUGAGAUCUUCCCAAUUCCAUGCACAGAAAUUCAUUUGCCAGCUGUUAGUUCAUCAUGCCAAGAUUAAAGAAUUCCCAUCAAGAUUCCAUUUUUUCUGUUUCUUGAUGGAGAUGGAUGCAAACUGAGAAGAUUUGGGACCUAUUUCUGUGCAAUAUGGAUCAAAGAUCUCGAUUUAUAUGUCGAAAUCAAACAUAUUCCAGGAAAUUGAUGUUCUUACUAGCGAUAGCAUUUGGUUUGGUUAUGGUUUUGCAGUUUUUUGAACUCCCAUAUGAUACUAUGUUGUCUUCAUUGCUGUCUGCUGGGAAAGUAUCAUUUGCUGGGAAAAAUGUCUCUUCCAUUUCAUCAUCUGCUUAUAGCCUUCAGAAAAAUGAUUCUUUUUCUCUUUCUGAGCAAAAUGUGAGUUCAAGUUCCCUUUCAAUGGCCAUAACACCUUCAAGAAGCUUCAAUUUGAACUCAAUUCCCCCCACAGCUUCAAUGGGCACAUAUAAUGUUAACCCCAGAUUGCCUCAGAGUAAUCUCAGUGCAUAUAAUCCGCCCGGCAAUUCAUCGGUGAAGGGAAGCCUCGAAACGCCAGUGUAUCCGAUAUCUGAGAUGAACAAGUUAUUGCAGCAAAGAUAUGCUUUCCCCCAGUCAUCAAUUUCGAGAUGGCACCCGAACGUUGAUGAUGAACUGGUUCACGCGAAGGCAGAGAUUAUGAAUGCUCCUGCUCGCCCCGAUGGAGAUCUCUAUGGACCUAUAUACCAUAACGUCUCGAUGUUCAAAAGGAGCUAUGAGCUUAUGGAGGAAAAGCUUAAAGUGUAUAUCUACAAGGACGGGGAAAAGCCAAUCUUCCAUUCAUCGAUACUCGAGGGAAUAUACGCUGCAGAGGGAUGGUUCUUGAAGCUAUUAGAAGCCAACGAGCAUUUUGUCACAGAAAUUUCGAGUGAAGCACACUUGUUUUACUUGCCUUUCAGUUCGAGGCUGCUGGAGUUGACGCUUUAUGUCCCGCACUCUCAUAGUCGCCAAAACCUUAUAGAUUACAUGAAGAACUACGUGGCCUCGCUUAUUGGGAAGUACCCUUUCUGGAACAGGACUAAUGGGGAAGAUCAUUUUCUUGCUGCUUGCCAUGAUUGGGCCCCGGCUGAAACGAGAGGCGAAAUGCUGAAUUGCAUAAGGGGCCUCUGCAAUGCUGAUAUAAGAACGGGCUUUGUUAUAGGAAAGGAUGUGUCGUUGCCAACAACCUAUGUUCGUUCAUCGAAGAAUCCUCGCAAUGAUAUUGGUGGCGAGCCUUCUUCGAGGAGGCCUAUCCUGGCCUUCUUUGCUGGUUACAUGCAUGGGAGAGUGCGCCCGUUGCUAAUCAAGUACUGGGGGAAAGAUCCCGACAUGAAAAUAGUCGAUCGGUUGCCUCAUGUCAAGGGUAAUAAGAAUUAUGUACAACUUAUGAAGAGCAGCAAGUAUUGUAUAUGUGCACGGGGUUUUGCAGUCCACAGCCCGCGAGUUGUGGAGUCCAUUUUCUAUGAAUGUGUCCCGGUUAUCAUUUCUGACAACUAUGUGCCUCCGUUUCUCGAGGUUCUGAACUGGGAAUCCUUCGCGGUUUUCAUCUUGGAGAAGGACAUUCCGAAUAUGAAGAGCAUUCUCCUCUCGAUCACCGAGGAGAAGUAUCUCGAGAUGCGAAGAGCAGUCAAGGAGGUGCAGAAACACUUCCUUUGGCAUGCUGAGCCUGCAAAAUAUGAUCUGUUCCAUAUGAUUCUUCACUCGGUUUGGUACAACCGAGUUUUUCGUACGAGAGUUUAGGAGAUUUAUAGAUUAGGACAUGUAGAGAACAUAUAAGAAAAUUGGCAAAUCUGAUUCUUCAUACUAUUAGAAGGACCUUGUGGUUUAGUGGCACCAAGUUGCUCUCUCGUAUGGGAGGUUGUGGGUCUGAGCCUCAGUGGAGGCGGUAUUGACU